CUCUCUCCGAAACUCUUCCCUGGAGGAGGAGCGAUUGGGAAGGCCGGGUCCUCUCGGCUCCGGUGGAAGAGCAGCGGAGAAGCUGGGCGGAGCUCCAGGGCUGGCGACCGGGCUGCGGAGGGGCCUGCGAGCCGCUGCUGAGCUGCGGAGUGCUCCGGCGGGCGAGCGAGCGAAGUUGGCCGAAGGAGUCCGCCCGUGUUCGAGCUGAGCUGAGCUGCACGCUCCGGCGGCUGCGCUGCUCGCCAGUGGCUACGUCGCGCCGGGGUCUCCAGCAUGACGGAGCUGAGGCAGAGAGCGGUUCGCGAGCCGGACUCACCGCCCGAGGACAAGGAAUCAGAGUCAGAAGCAAAGGUAGAUGGAGAGACUGCAUCAGACAGUGAGAGCCGAGCGGAACCAGCUCCCCCGCCAACCUCCGUAGAUGACACCCCAGAGGUCCUCAACAGAGCCCUUUCCAAUUUGUCUUCAAGAUGGAAGAACUGGUGGGUGAGAGGCAUCCUGUCUUUGGCCAUGAUUGCAUUUUUCUUCAUCAUCAUUUACCUGGGACCAAUGGUUUUAAUGAUGAUUGUAAUGUGUGUUCAGAUUAAGUGUUUCCAUGAGAUAAUCACUAUUGGCUACAAUGUCUACCACUCCUAUGACCUGCCCUGGUUCAGGACCCUCAGCUGGUACUUUCUACUGUGUGUAAACUAUUUCUUCUAUGGCGAGACAGUGACGGAUUACUUCUUCACCCUGGUCCAGAGAGAGGAGCCUUUGCGGAUUCUCAGUAAAUACCAUCGAUUCAUUUCUUUUACCCUCUAUCUAACAGGAUUCUGCAUGUUUGUACUGAGUCUGGUCAAGAAGCAUUACCGACUGCAGUUCUACAUGUUUGGGUGGACCCAUGUAACAUUACUGAUUGUUGUAACUCAGUCGCAUCUCGUUAUCCACAAUCUGUUUGAAGGAAUGAUCUGGUUCAUUGUCCCCAUUUCUUGUGUGAUCUGUAAUGACAUCAUGGCCUAUAUGUUUGGCUUUUUCUUUGGUCGGACUCCACUCAUCAAGCUUUCUCCAAAGAAGACCUGGGAAGGCUUCAUUGGGGGUUUCUUUGCUACUGUGGUGUUCGGCCUUCUGCUGUCCUACGUGAUGUCUGGGUACAGGUGCUUUGUCUGCCCUGUGGAGUACAACAACGACACCAACAGCUUCACUGUGGACUGUGAGCCCUCGGACCUGUUCCGCCUGCAGGAGUACAACAUUCCUGGAGUGAUCCAGUCAGUCAUUGGCUGGAAAACAGUCCGGAUGUAUCCCUUCCAGAUUCACAGUAUUGCCCUCUCCACCUUUGCCUCACUCAUCGGCCCCUUUGGCGGGUUCUUUGCAAGUGGAUUCAAACGAGCCUUUAAAAUCAAAGACUUUGCCAAUACCAUUCCUGGCCACGGAGGCAUCAUGGAUCGCUUUGACUGCCAGUACCUGAUGGCCACCUUUGUCAAUGUAUACAUUGCCAGUUUUAUCAGAGGCCCUAACCCAAGCAAAUUGAUUCAGCAGUUCCUGACCUUGCGACCAGAUCAGCAACUCCACAUCUUCAACACGCUCAAGUCUCAUCUGACUGACAAGGGGAUUCUGACAGCCACCACAGAGGACGAGUAGGGGCCACCCAGGGCUAGGAGAGCAGGAGCAGAACUGAGUGCAGGGCAGGUCUCCAAGGCAAGCCCAGCUGCUGUGACUUAGACAAUGACAAGCUUCAACUCACUGUCUUUUUUUUUUUUUUUGGUUGGGGGGGGGGCAGGUUUUUUGUUUUUUUUUUUUAAAAUUUGUGGGUUAAAAAAAUAUGUAUAUACUGUCUUUGUGUUUAUGAUUUGGAUUGCGAGUAAACUGUAGUUGAGUUGGAAAUAAGUCAUGAGGGCAAAACCAUUUGGGUAUAUUUAAACAGAAGUAUUGAACAACCUGGAAGACAGUGUUGCCCAGCUCAGGAUGUGAUCCCUAUCAAGCUGUUACUGGACCCAAUGAGAGUGGCAUUCAUCUGUGUGAACCCAUUUAGGUGGCUCUCCCACUAGUGCUGGGCACACGGCUUGGACACUUGCUGUUCUUGACAGCAUUCACUGGCUCUUCUCUACCAGUGCCUGCCUGGGAGCUGUGGAGGGUUGCCUUCUCUAGGCUGAAGGAAUGGAGGCUUAUUGAUCAGAGGAGCAUUCUGUCCACAUUGAAGCCCUGCAGAGGCUGAAAGAAGCUCUGCUUUAUGUAUGGUUUCACUUCAUUUCAGACUGAAAGAAGGUUUUAGUUUUUAUUUUUAUUUUUGAAAGCAUGAAAAAUUAUUUAUGAUAGUCUGGAAAAAACCCACACUGUAAUAUUUCAAGUGUAUGCAGUAGAAGCACUGUAACUGAGCCCCUUCCCAUGAUUUAGGCUCCAGUGUCUCCUGGAGGACAGUCCAGUGAACUUUGUCUUUUCAGGGCUGAGGCCGUUGGCAUUUGUGCUGUAGACUUGCUGCUGAGUCCUUCCUGGGGGCCCUCACUGGGGACCCUAACCGGAGGCAGGGAGAGAGGGCUUUUGGUUUGCACACCCCUCGCUGAACACCAUGUAGCUGCUGUGUUGUGUAUAUAUUACUCUUGAGGCAAGUAUGUGUCUAUGUUUGUUCUAAAACACCCUUAUUUCUUACCAUGAUUUCAGUUAUACCAUGACUUGUUCAUUGAAACCAUAAAGUCCUGCUAAAAACUAUGGCAUAACUAACCUAUGAGAGGCCUGGCUAUUCUGAAGAUUAAAUGUAUACUUUUUAUAUAAUGUGACCAGUUUAAAUGUAGUGUGUAUUUUACUGGGGACCUUUUGUUGUAGUUACUGUUUGUGUAAACUGGUUUAUUUUUCCCCCUCCCUACUCAUCAGGGCGAGAUGGGCUUUGGGAAAGUGAUUAGUUCUUUGGCCAAUGCAGUCAAGCACAGGGGAGAGAACCUGGUGUACAGAUGUGUUAAAAUUAUUCCAUGGCAUGGUUGCUUUCAUUGCCAGUGACAGCAGGACUUGCUUCAGCACCUUAGUCUGGUUUGAUUUAUGCUGUGAGUAAACUACAGCUCUGAGUUGGAAAGUCACUGGGGUAAGACCAUUGGGUUUUUAAAACAAAGUUUUGAAGAACCUGGAAGACGGUGUUACCCCCCUUUGGAAGUCUGGUUGGUUCUGGCUCCAAGUGUGGUUUUUGUUUUUUUUUUUAAAUGUUGGCCUUCCUGCCUCCUGAAGGCUCAUAAUCAGCCAGGUGACUGAAGCAUCCACAGGGGACUCUAGAGCCCUCACAGUGUUUGAACUCACAUAUCUGUGUGAUCCCUCCUCGUGGGUGUGAAGCAGCUGUUUUUCACUGAACUGUCACUUUAGUUUCAGCUUCAUGGUUUUUCUUUUUUGGGCCCAAGGUCCCCUUAAGAACAAAACAUGUUAUGCUGGAGGUUUAUAUUCUGGCUAUGUGUUCCUGGGCAGGAAGCCUCACUGUAGGGUCCUCAUUUUCUGAGCUUCUUCUAUUACACUGUUCUGUGAUUCCCCAGAGCAAGUUCUUAUUACUCAUGGGCACCCGAAAAGGAAAUGCUUUCAGGUCUUUUCUAAAUGUUUGUCCUCAAGAUGUGUCAGUGUCUUAGCAACUAAUCUUCAACAGUGAUUAGGAGUGAAAUUAGUUUUCUGAUUAAAGAAUGAACUUGGAUCACCAAACUAGGUAUAGAAGGGUACCUCCUUUGUCUCUUGUGGCCUCAUUGUGGGCAAGUGGUGGGGUCCUUAUGAACGGAGGGGGAGAGGGUAUCUCAGUGGGGGCCCAGGAGUAGGGACUCACUCUGAAACCAGGCUGCCUUUGGAUGGGGGAGCCUGGGGCCAGCAGCUGAGGGUUACCCUCCUUUGUGGAAGUGGUCACUGACAGAGGAUCCUGGGAAACUAAAGCUGGAUACUCACUAGCGCUGUCAGCAAGAGGCCAGAGUGGCAGCUGGGUUUUUUUUUUUCUGAUUUCCCUAAGUGCUUUCUAGUGGAGGAGGAAUUUCCCAGUCAGGUGGAGAGGAGAGCAAUGCCACCUUGUGUCUGUAUGACAGUGUUUCUUUCUCCCACUUUCAGACAAGCUCCAGAGACUAUUUUAACAUGCUCCCAAGCAGAUCCUAGUGACUUGCGCAACCUGUUUUAGACCCAUUUUUUUUUGGUCAGAAAUAAAAUGUGACUGGAACUGUGUGCCCUCCCUUGUCAUGAAUCCAGUAUUUGUCACCUCCAUGCUUAGUUAUGUGUGUGUCCCACUUGUUUAUGUAUUCAUAAGUAGUAUGUAGUCCUGAUUCAGAAAUUUUUGCUUUGUUUUGCAAUUUGUAUCCCAUACAUUCCCAGCAGCCUUCUGAGGUAACCGAGAGAGCCACGAACAUCUUCCCAAGAGAGAGCUUCCGCAGGGUAAUAAGGUGGAGUCGGGACUAUCUCCAUCUCACACUGUGAGCCCCACAGGACAAGGACGGCUGGUGCCUCAGCCAGCUCCACCUGAAAUGUUACAGCAUUCUCCCCCUGAGGCUCAGGAGGCCUGGCCCCUGCCAGGUUGGAGCUUCAGUUGCUGUUAGCUCACCCUGGUGAAAUAAGGAGAUGACGAACUAACCAGGGCUGACAUGGAGGCCUGGGCCUGGGCAUCCCUGGUGAGUUCCACUUGGGCUGCUCACCAUGCUUGUGGGGUUCUGAAGUUUCCCUUUGCUGGUGUGUGCCACCCUCUUAAAUGCUUCCAACACCAAGAAACGCACACAAUUGUGUUUACUCCUGAAAGUGAAGCCUUGAAGACAGCUGGGCCUUAUUAUGUUUAUUCCUUUUUUGCCUGUUUCAUAUUCGGAACCAUUUAGUAGCUGUAGUGUAAUCACAUUUACAAAGUAUUUAUUCUUAAUGUUGUAUAGUUCUACAGUGUAUGUGGGAGGUGAAGCAUACCUUUAAACUACAUACAGGUGAACUUUGACAUGGACUUUUAUCCUAUAACUUGAUCUGUAUUAUUCAAGAAAAUUCCAGAAAAUAUAUUUUAAGGGAAAGUACACAGACCCUGUGACUUGUGUGUAGGCUAGUUGUAGAAUUGGCAGGAGGCUAAUUUGAACGGAUCUCCAAGUUCAGCUCCUCACCGUGGGCCUCAGUAAGCUCAGGUCCAUCCGCUGUUGAGUGUAGGGUGGGGAGAAGGUGAAAAACUCAUGGUGCAGAGCAUCCUUUCUAGGAAGACUGUAGCGUGCUCCCUAUGAAGCCAGCCCAGGUGGAUGUCCAAGGGAGAUUUCAUCACUCUGCCAAAUGUGGUAUGUCACUGUCCAAAUCUCUCCCUGUUCUAGUAAUAUCUUAGGUACCUUUGUCUUCUGUCUUUCAGAGUAACUCCACCUUGGCAUAUGGUUGUGCACACUGUGCUUACAUGUGGAAAAAGGGGUGAAGUGGGAAGGGUGAUUUUUUUUUUUUUUUUUUUUGAAUCCAGGGUUCCUUUUCUUCUCAGGUAAGGGUGGGGGAGAUGUCCAGGUGACCGUCAUAGACACAUCACAAGACAGUAAGCUGGUUAUGGACUCUAUACUUGUCUGGAACACAGGAUUCCACAAAGGGCAGCAGGGUCACACUGUCAGCAAAUUCUUGGUCAGAACCUCAUAUUCCUUUUUUAAUCAUGGUCAAAACCAACUUCCUUUCCCCUUUAUCUCUGUCCUCAGGGCUGCCCAGCUUCCAGUUUUUAAGGAGUUGAACAGCUGUGACUUCCUGUCUCAGUUUGUGGUGUUAGAUGGGGGCCUUAUGGCACAGUCCAUAGAGGGUACGAGGGUUUGGAUCCAGUAGUGAUGAAGGGUCCUCAUUUAAGGGCUCUGCUGGGCCUACUUCUCCUUGAGCCUGGGCUCUCCCAACCCACAUCCCUUGGAAGAUGGCCCAUCCUCACAGGCAGAUGACUAGCUACUGUUUCCAUUUGAGUGUGGCCCACCUUUCUGCCCCUUCCAUUUCCCACAAGCCUCACUUUAGGUUGACCAUGGUGACGGCUUUUGAUGGAGAUUGUAUUUUCCAAGGCCAGACAUUACCAUUUUGAGGGCAAUUUAGGAGGAAUAUUUUGGAUGCUAGAGUGGAAGGGUUUUAGGACAUGUGGGUGAUUUAUGAGAAUAAAAGGGGUAGAAUAUGUGAAGUCUAGGGCUUUAUGGCCAGUGGGUUUCAAAUCCACUUGUUGUUCAAAGACCCUGCUCCCACUCCUUUGCCAGUGCCUAUUCUCUGCUUCUCCUUAUUCUCUAGCUAACGUGACAUUAUCAGUGUAUUUAUUAAUGAUUGUAAUCAUACAGUGCUUAAUAUGUGCCAAGCACAGUGCAGAAGGUUUGCAUACAUUAUUCCCUUAAAAACAUAAACCAGCCUUGGAUUAGGUUCCCAUUUUGCAGAUGCAGAAACUGAGGCUCUGUGAGGGAGGCUGAGAGCAUUGGUUAAGACAGACUUCAGGCUGGGAUAGCGUGAGCUGUGGGCAGAUUGCUAGUCUACUGUCAGCCUCCACCUCUCUGACCCAGUUGGAACUGAAAUUGAUCAAGAGGAUUUAAUGGGAUAAUGUGUGCCAACAUUUAGCUCGGUGUCUGGCACAUAGUAAGCGCUCAAUAAAUAGUAAUUUUUUUGAGCUCAGCUGGCAGUUUGACCCACACUGGUAUAAUGCCAGAGACUGGGUUCUUGGCUAUCACACUGCCACUGCCGUGGACACAACCUGAUGCUCACGGUUUGGAAAGUGACUGCACAGUCCUUCUGAGAGUAGUAGUCCAACUGUAGCACCCUACUUGAGCAUCUUGGUGGUUUACACAUUGUUUAGGAGGCACACCUGAUCAAAGGAAAGAGGGCUUUAGGAUGUUCAGAAGUUCUCAGUUCAUAGCGGGAGUGGCUUGCCUGAGAGUUGUCCGCUUGCUGUGGCCUUGGUCUGGACUGCCCAUGGGGGAGAGGCCGUUUCCUCUUGCCUGGAGGUGCCUCUGCUCUGGACAGUGAGAGCUGUUUCUGACUCAUUCUGGACUCCACUUCCUACCCUGGCUAAGCUCUGUGCACACAGCUCAGGAACCUGUAGUUUCCUGGAUGGUUUCAGGGGCCAAGAAGAGUGAAGAAAACAAACUUGUGCUGAAGCAGGUUACGUCAGCUGGAAGCCUCGAAGCUCUGUCCCUAUCCUUAAGCGGUAACAAGUCGGCCUUGUUUUUGUGUUUUCCUGAAGGCAUUAGGAUAGAGCAGGUGAGGACAGGUGGUGUGGAUUGUUUCUCUUGGAUUCUGGGUUAGCAAAGCAUUCAGUGAAUGAAGGGAGAACAGGCACUGGAUUAAGUGAAAAAUGUUUCUUUAACUUAGUUUCUGAAUGGAGACAAGGGAGUUGGGGGAUGUGUUGAAGUGGAGGUGUCCUUACUCUGAAGGAAUGAUUCUGGCCAGUGGAUCCAGGGGAUUCUUACGCCGGUUGAAUGAUCAUGUAGAACUAAUGGCUUGACUGGGGACUGUUUGUUGGGUGUAGUGAGCCCCUAAGGCCCAUUGCUAGAAUUUAAAUAUUGGUUUCUUCCCUUCAGUUCAUGAUUGAGGGUGAUGAUAAUGACAGUGGUUGUGGAGGUUUUUAGUAAACAGCUACUGAUCUGGGCUUGUCCUGGAGGCCCUCGUGUCUUUUCAGUAUCCUACCCCUGACACUUCCUCCCUCCUUGUGCUAUCUACCAGGCCCAGGCAGCCCUUUAUCUGGAGAGGGUGGCUGGAUACCCGGUGGACCGUCCUGCAGUGCUCUCCCAGGCACUGGGCAGGCCUCGCUCUCAGCUCCUAGAUGACUUCCCUUUUCUCCAAGUAAAAUUGUGUUUGCUGGUGUGAGCCACACAGCCAUCUCUUUCCUCAGUACUGGAACACCUUCUCACCUCCAUUAGGUUCAUGCACAGGUUCUCCUGGGUUUUCUCGGAAGAACACCAGUAUACAAAAGAGGUUAAGAACAAAAGUGGGCAGAACAUGCAAGCAUUUUGAGUGUCCUUUGUGUGUGGGUUCCUUUGAAAUCCUCUGUACACAGAGCUAGGAGCUUUAGUAAGCCCUGUUUCUGCCCUACAGUGUGCUGGCUGGGUGUCUGGGGCUGAUUACCAAGACAAAGAGCUGAGCAGACAUUGGGCCAGUGAAACCAAAGGACUUGGAAGCAGGGGAGAUCAGGGACUAGGAAGCAGCAAAUUGUUCUUGUCUAAGGGACUCCUGAGACACUGAGAGGGCAGAGCAGGGGCCUGGAGUUCUGCACUGAGGAUAGACUCUUAACAGGCCAGCUGAGUACUGACGGGCCCCAGUGGCUUGUGGGUGUGGGGACCAGGAAACAACUCAGAAAACCCAUCCAUGGUGAUUUGAAGCUCAUGAAUUAUCUAGCACUGAUACUGAUACCAAAUUUUAAUAUUUAUUGAUACUUAAUACCUUCCAAAAUAGGAGGGGUAGGUCAAAAUGAUAGAGACAGGGUGGAGCACCCCCAGGGCAGAUUUUUGGCUCCCCCUUUGUAUGGAGGGACUUGGUGGCAUUGAGUUGUCUUGCACUGGAUAGGCUGGGUGUUGACAGUGUUCAUGUUCUCAGACACAGCAGCCUGAAAGCAGCUCUUGGGUGCGUAGAGCCCGAUAGGAGUCCUUUGGUCUCUCAGAUAGGCAUGUACUUGUGCGCUCCUACUGUGCCCUUUACCCACCUUGAUGUUUCACUAAAUCAGUGUUUUUGCCACAGCUGAUCUUUCCUGUGCACUUCUGAUUAGUGUUGAACAAUACAUGUAGGUUCUUUUUGAACGAAGUGUACAAACAUGAUAUACUGUACAUUGAAAAGUAUUUACCUUAUUUAUAUACCUGAGUGUUCCUACUACACAAAUAAACAUAUAUUAAAUUCUA